UGGCCCCUCCAUCAGCAGGGUGAGCCUCUCCCAUCGGGAGACAUCACCACCAACGCCCGGCCCAGCAGCAUCGGCAGCGAGGGGAGCGAAACAUGGGAGAGACGGUGGUGUAGCGGCCGAUCGGGCGUCAGGCGGAGAUCCGGUAGCGGAACGUUAUUUAUUGACCUAAUUUAUUCUCGUAUUUAUUCCCCCUGCCUGUAAUGGCUGGGGUCCAUGGCUGCGGCUUCUGAGAGGCAGGUGCAACAUCAUCGACGAAUCGGCUCCUCGGCAUGGACUCAUCCUCCAGGGCCGAUCCACAGGCUGGACCUCACACCCGCUGCUCCCCGGAUCGGAUGCUGUGCGCCGGGGCAGAGGAAUAGCCGAGCCGCGUCUGGAGGCGAUACAACGGCAUGAGGAGGAGGAGGAGGGGGCCCUCUUCACACCAAAAUAUCACUACCGAGAUUUUCAGGAGCGAGCUCAAGGUUACACGACAGCCGGUCUUCACCCAGGAACUCUGCUGCAAAAUGGCAUCAAGCGUUUUCGCGAUUUGAGGUAAAAGCAGUGAUUGAGCGGAUCCACACCCGGGGACGGUGUCGCCGUCGAGGCCUGAAACUGUGUCCGAGCGCAGCCUCCUCAUCUGGGAAACAGCUGCCAACAUGAUGGAGCUGCAGAUCGACGAGGUGGUGUACCAGGACGACUACGGCUCCGGCUCCGUGAUGUCGGAGCGGGUGUCGGGCCUGGCCAACAGCAUCUACCGGGAGUUCGAGCGGCUGAUCCGCAGCUACGACGAGGAGGUGGUGAAGGAGCUGAUGCCGCUGGUGGUGAACGUGCUGGAGAACCUGGACGGGGUGCUGACCGAGAACCAGGAGCACGAGGUGGAGCUGGAGCUGCUGAAGGAGGACAACGAGCAGCUCAUCACCCAGUACGAGCGGGAGAAGGCGCUGAGGAAGCAGGCUGAGGAGAAAUUCAUUGAGUUUGAAGAUGCCUUGGAAGCUGAGAAGAAGGACCUGCAGGUACAGGUGGAGUUUCUGGAGCUGCAGGGGAAACAGCUGGAGCUCAAGACAAAGAACUACUCCGACCAGAUCACUCGGCUGGAGGAGCGAGAAUCAGACAUGAAGAAAGAGUACAACGCUCUGCACCAGCGCCACACUGAGAUGAUCCAGACGUACGUCGAGCACAUAGAGCGGUCCAAAAUGCAGCAGGCAGGGACCAACAGCCAAUCAGAAGCACCCGGCUGUGGACGAACUCAACGCCACACAUGGAGGAAAAGCAAAGCGGAGCGCCCGCCGUCGUUGAGCCUGUACCCCAGCGGCGAGGUCAUGGUACGUGGGGGUCUCGGGGGGGCUAGGAUGAUGCCCGGGAAAGACAUCUGGCAGGUCAGCGGUCUCGGCCAGUCUAUCUUCAGCUCCGCCUCUCAGGAGGAUGGAUCAGAAUCCGACUCAGUAGCAGCCACGCCCAGCAGCACGGGGAGCAAGUCCAACACACCCACCUCCUCCGUCCCCUCCGCCACCGUCACCCCGAUCAAUGAGGGCUUCCUCCCACACUCCGAGUUUGAUGUGAUGCGGGCCGGGAACCACAGGAAAAGUGCCAAGCGGCUCAGCCGGAAUAUGGAAGUGCAGGUUUCCCAGGAAACCAGGAACGUCAGCAUCGGGAUGGGAAGCAGUGAUGAAUGGUCCGAGUUUCAGGAGAUCAUCGAUUCUACUCCUGAGCUCGACAUGUGUGUGGACCACCGUGUGUACGGAGGAGGAAACAGCCCCUCCCAGGGCAUCGUGAACGAGGCCUUCGGCAUCAACACCGACUCCCUUUAUCACGAGAUUAAAGACGCCAAGUCGGACAUCAUCGGAGAUGUAGAUGCGGGCGCCGAGCUGCUAGGCGAGUUCUCAGUUCGCGAUGAUUUCUAUGGGAUGGGCAAGGAGGUGGAGAACCUGCUGACAGAGAACAAACAGCUCCUAGAGACCAAAAACGCUCUGAACAUUGUGAAAAACGACCUUAUUGCCAAAGUGGACGAGCUGUCAGGGGUGCAGGAGGUGCUGAGGGAGGAGCUGGAGGCCGUGAGGCAGUCAAAGAACAAGGUGGACGCCAGAGUCAAGGAGCUGGAGGAAGAACUCAAGAGGUUAAGAGCAGAAGCUCUCGGUGCGUCUCGGGACUCUAAGGAUGAAGGAGCUGAUGAUUUCUCAUCACCCAUGCAGGACGGCGACAUGACAAUGACGCAGCGGCGGCGAUUCACCCGGGUGGAGAUGGCGCGUGUGCUGAUGGAGAGGAACCAGUACAAAGAGAGACUGAUGGAACUGCAGGAGGCCGUGCGGUGGACCGAAAUGAUCAGGGCGUCCCGGGAGAGUCCUCCAAUCCAAGAGAAAAAGAAGUCAACCAUCUGGCAGUUCUUUGCACGUCUCUUCAGCACAUCGUCCAGCCCUCCACCGGUCAAGCGGCCGUACUACAGCGUCAACAUCCACUACAAGUCGCCCUCACCGGCUGGUUUCUCUCAGCGACGCAGCCAAACCAUGUGUCAGAUCUCCACCUCCAACCGCACGCUGGAGUUCUUCCCCGAAGAACUGGCCAGUAACGGUGUUGCGUCUCUCCUCAGUGACUCGGCGCUCUUAGCCCGCCGAGAGCAGCGACGCGAACAGUACCGACAGGUCCGCGAGCACAUGCGCCGCGAUGACGGCAUCAUGCAGGCUUGUGGCUGGAGCGUGCCAUCUCGCUUCAAACAGACUGGUGGUCAGACGGACAGCGCUCAGGAAAGCCCGCUGAAGAGACAACAGGCAA